CCGCCGCAGCCUCUCCCGCGGAGGGGGGCGGGGGCAAUGUGAGUGAGCAAAGUGGGAGAAACUCCCUCCGGCUCGCCCGCGAGGGCUGGGGGAGGUUCGGAGCUUUUCUCUCUUUUUUUUUUUUCUCUUCUUCUUUUCGCCUCCCUUUUAUUCCAGCCCCGAAGCCACGCAGCAGCGGGUGCCCGGCGCCCGCCCGCCCGCAGGGCAGGACCCCGUCGGCAGCGGCCGUGUGUGCAUGCGGCGGGCUCCCCCGCUGCCUCCUCCCCCUGCCUCCCGCCCCCCGGAUCAUUCUACACCGGGGGAGCUGUGCACUGCGGUCCCUGCUCGGGGAAUCGCUGCUGCUCUUCCCAUUCGUCAGGGGCUUUCCAAUCACCUGCCUCUGCCACCCUCUCCGCUCCGCUCUUUGUACUUUAUUUUCACGUGCUCUUUACUAACACGGCUAUUUUUAAAUCCCGCUCGGAUUUAUUUCUCUCUCUUUCUGUAUUUCUCUCUUAUUUUCCUUUUUUUUCUUCUUUUUUUUUUUUUUUUUUUUUUCGGGGGGGUGAGUGGGGGGAGGGAGGUUAACGUUUGCAGUUCCCUAAGGGAAAGAUCCCACCAGCCAACCCAGCUCCGCCACUGCUGCAUCCAUCCAUUCAUUUUUAUGGUCACUAACAGCCUAUCCCGGUAGUGGAAGGUGCAGAGAAGUGGGAGGCAGGGAGAGAGAGAGAGAGAGAGAGAUCCGGACGGCGAGAAUGGCCGAGAGAAAGAGGAACUGGAAUAAAGAAGAUGACCUGCCUGUGUAUCUAGCUAGGCCGGGCACGACAGCCCAGACACCGCGACAGAAAUACGGGGGAAUGUUCGCCUCGGUGGAGGGGGCCUAUGAGAACAAAACCAUCGACUUCGAUGCCUACAGCGUGGGGAAGAAGGGGUCCCGGACCCCGCGGAGCGGCAGCCGGCACGACAUGCUGGACGGAGGGGACAACUACAGCGAGACCGCCAGCGACAUCAGCGAGAUCUCCGGCUCCGUCAUCAGCUCCCCGGGAGAGCGGGAGGACAAGACCCCGGGCGUGGAGAUCAAAUACCCUACGGGAAAGGAGCUGCUGCAGGGCCAGGACAAUGGACAGAGUGACCGACUGCUCAUUAAAGGUGGAAGAAUUAUCAAUGAUGACCACUCCUUCUAUGCAGACCUAUACCUUGAAGAUGGACUUAUAAAGCAAAUAGGAGAGAAUCUGAUUGUCCCUGGAGGAGUCAAGACCAUAGAGGCUAAUGGGCGCAUGGUUAUUCCUGGGGGAAUAGAUGUCAACACUUAUCUGCAAAAGCCCUACCAAGGGAUGACUGCUGUUGAUGACUUCUAUCAAGGCACAAAAGCAGCGCUAGCAGGGGGCACCACCAUGAUCAUUGACCAUGUGCUUCCAGAACCUGGAUCAAGUUUACUGACCGCCUUUGAGAAGUGGCACGAGGCAGCUGAUACCAAAUCCUGUUGUGAUUAUGCUCUCCAUGUGGACAUCACCAGCUGGUAUGAUGGCAUUCGAGAAGAGCUGGAAGUACUCGUGCAAGACAAAGGUGUGAACUCUUUUCAAGUCUACAUGGCGUACAAAGAUCUCUACCAAAUGUCCGACAGCCAGCUUUAUGAAGCCUUUACCUUUCUAAAGAGUCUUGGGGCUGUUAUCCUGGUCCAUGCUGAAAAUGGAGACUUGAUAGCUCAGGAACAAAAGCGUAUUCUGGAGAUGGGAAUCACUGGACCUGAGGGACAUGCCCUGAGCAGGCCAGAAGAGCUUGAAGCAGAAGCAGUUUUCCGUGCCAUCACGAUUGCCAGUCGAAUAAACUGCCCAGUGUACAUCACCAAGGUGAUGAGUAAGAGUGCAGCUGAUAUCAUUGCACUGGCCAGGAAGAGAGGUCCCCUGGUUUUUGGAGAACCGAUCACUGCCAGCUUGGGGACAGAUGGGACACAUUACUGGAGCAAAAACUGGGCCAAGGCUGCAGCUUUUGUGACCUCACCACCUCUGAGCCCUGACCCAACCACUCCAGACCACCUAAAUUCACUCUUAGCAUGUGGGGACCUGCAGGUGACGGGAAGUGGACAUUGCCCCUAUAGCACUGCCCAGAAAGCCAUUGGAAAGGACAACUUCACUAUGAUUCCCGAAGGGGUCAAUGGAAUUGAGGAAAGGAUGACUGUUGUCUGGGACAAGGCUGUAGCCACAGGCAAGAUGGACGAGAGCCAGUUCGUGGCUGUCACCAGCACCAAUGCUGCCAAAAUCUUUAAUCUGUAUCCAAGGAAAGGCCGGAUUGCUGUGGGAUCCGAUGCUGAUGUUGUUAUUUGGGAUCCUGAUAAGGUGAAGACUAUAACAGCCAAAAGCCAUAAAUCGGCCAUUGAGUACAACAUCUUUGAAGGGAUGGAGUGCCAUGGUGCCCCACUCGUGGUCAUAAGCCAAGGGAAGAUUGUGUUUGAAGAUGGAAAUCUGCACGUAAAUAAAGGAAUGGGCCGCUUCAUCCCUCGCAAACCUUUCCCUGAAUAUCUUUACCAGCGCAUCAAAAUCAGGAAUAAGGUGGGAGGACUGCAAGGAGUCUCUAGAGGAAUGUAUGAUGGACCUGUGUAUGAAAUCCCAGCUACGCCAAAAUAUGCAACUCCUGCACCCUCAACUAAAUCCUCCCCUGCCAAAAACCAGCCCCCACCAAUCAGAAACCUCCAUCAAUCCAAUUUCAGCUUAUCAGGAGCUCAGAUUGAUGACAACAACCCACGCCGUACUGGCCACCGCAUCGUGGCACCUCCCGGUGGGCGCUCUAAUAUUACCAGUCUUGGCUGAAAAAUGAUGAUGGACAGAAACACAAGGAUGAAGGAUCAUGGGAAUAAUGUCCAUUCCCUUCAAUAUCUGUGUUAUCGAGCCCACAGUUUUAUUUGGUACUAACAGAAAUAAAAAACAAAAUGUCUUUUUUUUUCCUUUUUUUUUUCUUUUUCUUUUUUCUUUCUUUUUUUUUUUUUGUAUAGAAAGAGGUGAUAAUAGUGUGGUGUGUUUGCUUGGAACUACUUGCCUCACAAUUGUGCUUUCAUGCCAUAGUCACCUUAAAGCAUGGUGCUUCCAUUGCCCCUUUAGUGACUACAGGUUUUAGCUUUGUCUCGUAACUGAAUGAUGGUUCCUUUGCACCUUUUUGCUGUAUUAGAGUAGUUAAUGCAUGUUACUGAGUUAUUUAUGCAAGUUGCAUUCUGUGAGUGAGCCCCUUUAGAACACAUUGCCAACAACUGACUAGACACAAUGCCAAGAUUAAUGUCUGUAUUUGAGAAACACCACCAAAAACACUAAUGAAGGAAGAAAAUGGCCAUCUGGAAAGUAAGCAGUAGAGUAGUAUAGGCAGCUUCUGUUUAAUCUUUAAUUUAUUAUAAACCCAAGAAGUACUUCUGUCAAGACACAGAAACUCAUCGGGACAUUUAAUGACAAAUGGUCUCCGUAGCACCUGUCUGUUCCCACUCAGUACAUUCCAAGUCUGUGUCCUUCUUGUUUCCAUUUUAGACAGAGCCAUAAUUUUUACAUACCAAUGCCAUUGCCACCCCUGCAGGGAUUUUUCCACCUGGGCAGUAGUGCUCUCCUUCUGCAUGAGAUUUUUGGUACUUACAGAUAAUCCAAGUUGCUGUCGGAUUUUUAAAGUUUUUUGUACAAAUUUUUUCCUUUGUAAUCACAUGCAUUUUUACUUACUCUACCGUAUCAAGAUCUACUAGUCGUGGUUCAAUUUCUGAAUUCAAAGCUUGUGAAAUAAAGGAAAUUAAUUGAUGGGUAAGCGUCUUCCUCUGCUUUCCAGUGCUGUGACUCAAUGACUGAAAAUUUGGAAUGGAGGAACUCAGGAGAAGUUGUCUUUCAGGCUGACAUCAUGCAGUAGAAGGAACCUCCUUAGAUCACAAGUGUUGAUUAGUGUAUAGGUCUGAUAUGCAUACUAUAGCAUGAUAUAGUAUGUCUUAUUAAACAAUCCUCACAGUAACAAUGUACUUACUGAAAAUUGUACUUACUGUUGACUAAAAUGUACUUAAUGGUUGGAUUCAAUCUUAGACUUCUUUUCCAGCCUUAACAGGUCUGUGAUUCUGUGACAAUGCAGCUGCCAGUUUUGCCCAAAUGAGACACAAGUUAACUUUCUCCCAAAGACCUUCAGAUCUACAUCUUAUUUUCCUAAAGGGUGAAUUCAUUGCCAUCAUCUUCAUCUGUAGUACAGAGCCAGUACCCAGUGCUGCAGUUUGACCUAAGCUAUAUUUGACUUCAUUGUGGUUUUCUCUGCUGACUGAGCUGUGUCCAGGCAUGGCAGGAAAAGAACAUGCUGCAGGUAAGGUGACAGAAGUGGACUUGAAUUCUCUGAGAGUGAAGGAAGUAUUUCUCCUUCUGUUUCUGACUUUCUCACCAACUGUGCAAAGAAACCUAUCUCCUGUCACUUUUUGCUUGUCUGAUGGUGUUGCAGAUGCUGUGGGAGGUGUGGGCUGCAGUGGAAAUGGGGUGCUAUGAGAUUAGCAGGUCAACAAACCCCUCCCCUUGUGCUACUUUGCCUUUAUUCACACUACAAAGCUGCAGCAGCACAAGUCUUGCAGCAGUAGGAUGCCACUGGAGUGGUUUUUUCAGCUGCACUGAGCACCCAUCCAUCCCACUCAUGCAGCAGUAACUUGUGUUGGCACAGCUCGUGUGGUGCAUGCCAGGUGCAUGUGAGGCAUAACAGUUUGGGGAAGCAGCCUACCUGAAGCCUGUCAUUCUGAAACCAAUGUAUUGUCACCUCCAGCUUGCCUGGGAAAGGAACCACUACCCUGGAAAAAUCCAUUUUGGUCAGUUGGGUCUGAAACCUGCCAGCAGAGCUGCUCUGAAGAGCCAGCUUUUCCUUUGGCUUUGAGCUGAACCACUGCAGAAACAUUGCAAUUCAGUCUGCAGUGAGCUGAAUUGGUUGUUCCCAAAAAAAGAAGAAAAUAAGGCUUUCCAUGAACAACCCCUUCUGCUAAGAAUUCAAAUUCAUGUUUCCUAUUGCCUGGAGAGUGCCCUCAUCGUCAGGCUUCCUUGCUCUUUCUGUGGUUCAGAUAUUUUAUAUGAUUUGAAUUAAAAUAAAUUGCUCACUUGGUAGUUCAGGUUUUUUAUAGGAAGUAAAAUAACACUAGCAGAGAAGCCUGAGGACAGUGUGCCCUGGAAUAACCUACAGCCUCGCAGGUAAGGCAAUCCUGAAAUGCCAAGUCUCCAUCUGCCUAGUCCUGUUCCGGCCCGUUUGUUAUGAGUGCUGACAGCCAGCAACAGUUGUGGUGAUGUAACCCUGAGAGUAGAAAUACAGCUGGUUUGUGAAGCUGGGGCAAAUUUGACAGCGUGAAAAUUCAGAACUGCUGGUUACAAUUUCCUUAUUGCAUUUCUUGCAUGUUUUUGUGCAAGUAGUAAUGGUUGCUCACCUCCAAAUAAAACUUCCACUCAAUGUAUGAGGUUUGUCAUACUUGAGAUAGCAGAAAUGAUCACUGUGUAACUCCUGUUGAGAUUCCACUUUUCCUACACACUUAGCAGCAUCUUAAACCAAAACCUCUUUGCCUACAGGCUGGUCAAAGAUUCACUGUUAACAUGCAUUUAUUUUUCCUCAGUGAAGUGUCUGUGAAUAAAUACGUGUGGGUGUUUUGAGAGGCAUUUCACGGUUCAGUGCUCCUGUGUGAACAAGACUGUGCCUGUCAGGUCAAUGUGACUCUCCUGUGAUGUCUCCAAGAAGCAGCCUAAGCCCCUGCAGCCUGGCUGCUCCUGCCAUGGCACUGCUGAGGGCAGCCUGCAGGCAGCCUGUGCAUCCUGAGCUGUGCCUCACCACGGGAGGUGAGGGAUGCCCCACCUGCAUGGUUACUGUGAUUCCAUCAGAGAGAUGGCAAGUGCCAUUGCUCAUGGACAGCAAAACAAAGCAAGGUAAGGGGUGCUUCUCCUACCACCUGGAGUCCAUUUCACAGCAAUGUCUCUGCCCCUACAUAACCUGUCCUUUAAAAAAACAAUAAAACACUACCAGUAAAAAAAAUGUGGAUUAGCUCAUGAUCCUGAGCAUGCUGCAGAAUAGGAAACUGCACUUGAGUGUGCUCCCUUUCAGGAACACCAAGCUGGGAGAUGUGAACCCAGUGAGGAGCUGCUGUUACCUCAACUACAGCUGGAAGCAGUGCAGAGCUUUCAGGCUUUCUGAAUAGCCAAACUUCUAAAACUUUGCAGCAGGCUAUGACCUUUCAAUACCUGAUGUAGCUCUGAUGAUCUAAAAUGGCUCUUUCCUAUUGCUAUUUGCAAUAAUCUGCUUAAAAUUAGUCCCUGUGACCAGCCUGGGAACUGUAUUUGUUAAUCAAGUGAUGUGAAAGGGAAGGCUGGAUCCAUGAAUUGUUUUCUGAGUGUAUUUUGGACCAGUUUGUCUUAUGUUACAGUUUGUCUGCUACCAGAGCAAUGCAGUUACCUGUUUAAAUUCUAGUGUUUAUAGCAAAGCCUGCUAAUUCUGCUGCUAAGACUGUACCAAAACUGACAGCUGUCCCAGCCUCUAAGUGUUUCUCUUGGCAAUAUGCUGGUCUUUGUCCUCAAGAACUAAAAUCUCAGCCUAGACUGGGUCAGAUGACCAUCUGCUCUGGGACCCUGUAGCCAACAAAAGCUUGAAGGAAGUCAGAAAAGCAAGCAUAUAAAGCUAAUCCUCCUCUGAGUGUUUGCUUCAUUACAGUGCUUUGUAAUUUCUUGAGAAGCAGCAGCAUCUUUGUACUCUGUAGCUCUCAGUGAAUUUGUUUGCCAUACACUUGCCAAGGCGCUUUUAAACCCAUGUGAGAUCCUGCCACUAAUGGCUUCCUGGAGCGAGGCAAUGCACAGCUGAAUGCACAGUGGCAAAGUGUUGAUCUAGUCCUCUUGGCAUCAGCUAUUUCUUGCCAUUUAGACCUGGCAUGGUUCUCAAAGACCUCACAUGGCAACAGCCUUAC